AUGGCGGGUGUUGUUCCAACCGAAAUGUCCGCCAAUAGUCCAAGACGUACCGCCCAAUUUGCACGCAAUGCUCAAGGUGGAGCAAAUACGGAGAUGAAGAUCGGAAUCCUCCAACUUGUUUAUGCAAUUCCAUUCACCGGAAUGGAUCAUGAGGAUCCUUUCGCACAUCUCACCAAAUUUUAUGAGAUUGCGGGUUCAACGGGAGUCGAUGCGGCCAAUGAAGAAUCAUUGUUCAAGAGACUAUUUCCACACUCACUACUUGGGAAAGCCAAAGAAUGGUAUCUUGAUCAAUUACCAAAUGUGAUGACGGAUUGGAAUCUAUUGGAAGAAAAAAUUUUAGAACGAUAUUUUCCUCAAUCCCGAUUCAUGGAGGCCAAAACGGCAAUUGCGGUUUUCAAUCAAGGAAGCAACGAAUCCUUAAAUGAUGCUUGGGAAAGAUUCAAAUCCAUGCUUAGAAAAUGCAAGGGUCAUGGUUAUCAAAGGCAACCUCCACCUCACAACAAUCCUUACCAAAGAAACAACCAAGGAUUCCAACCUUCAAGAUUCGGCAAUCAACACUAUCAACAUCAAAGUCCUUAUCAAAGUUCAAACCCACAAGGCCAAGGUCAACAAUCUCAAGGCGGAAGCUCAAAGUUGGAAGAUACUCUUACACAAUUCAUGCAAGCAUCCAUGGAUAAUCAAAGGAGUAAUGAAGCGGCCAUAAAGAAUUUAGAAAAUCAAGUGGGUCAACUUGCAAAGCAAUUGUCCGAGCAACAACCGGGAGCAUCCUUUUCCGCCAACACCCAAACCAAUCCAAAGGAGCAUUGCAAAGCCAUUUUUACAAGAAGUGGGAAGGAGGUGAAUAGUGGCGUAAAUGAAGAGGUUAUAGUGGAAGAUGAGGAGGAAAUAAUAGUUGAAGAUGAAGAAAAGGAUGUGAUAGUUGAAAAAGAGGGAGAAAAGAGUGAGGAGAAAAUAGAGGAAGAAUUAGUUGAAAAAGAGCGGAAAGAAAAAGAAGAAAGAGAGAAAAAUGACAAAAAAGUGAAGAGGAAUAAAAAGAGAAAUGAGAAUAUGCUCACAAAGAAAAAGAAGUACACGGAUGAAGAGACGGUUGUGCUUGAUGCUCAUUGUAGUGCAAUUAUUCAAAAAACUCCCCCAAGAAAGGAAGCCGAUCCGGGACGAGUCAUUUUACCGAUCACCAUUGGAGGUAACUACAUUAGUAAUGGUUUGGUUGAUUUGGGGUCUAGCAUCAAUUUAAUACCUUUAUCCGUUGUCAAGAAAUUGGGGAACAUUGAGAUGAAACACACCAGGAUAACUUUACAACUAGCCGAUAAGUCUAUCAUUUCACCAUAUGGAGUUGUACAAGACAUGCUGCCUCCUAAGGAUGAACAUGACAACUUUCGAAUCGAUGAUGAAAAAGGAGAAAUCAUUGAGGUGGAGAAUCAAUUUCACAAGGACAAGGACAAGGCAAAUCAUGAGGGAAAGACUCAUCACAAAAACUUUGAAGUUGGACAAAUGGUGCUUGUGUGCAAUUCAAGACUCAAGGUGUUUUCUAGUAAGUUAAAGUCAAAGUGGUCGGGGCCAUUUGUUGUGAAAGAGGUGCGAAAUUAUGGAGCCAUUGUGGUAGAGGACCCUAAAACACAAGAAAGCUGGACUGUAAAGGAACAAAGACUCAAAGGCUACCACGAUGGAUAA